GUAUGUCGAGAUGAGUGCAUGGACACAGCGUGAUCCCAGCGAUUGAUGAUUACCCUGGAAGUGUGUGUGUUUGCGUACGUGUGUGUGAUCAGUUCAUGUUGUUGGAGCUGGUGUCAAGACUCUGAACCCAUCAUGGAGUCGGGAAAGGUAAGAUCUCUCUCCGUACACUUUUACACACUAUCUCACACACACACACACACACAUGCUCGUUUUGAGGUAUCUAAUCCAUUUAUUGAACAAACGUUGAAAGCCAAGCUGCUGGUUUUAUAAUGUAGUAAAAUCUCCGACUGUUCAAUCCUGACUGAACGAUGCUCUGUAGCUACACACAAGGACAUGAGUGUGUGUGACAGGUGUGUGUGUGUGUGUGUGAGAGAGAGUGUGUGUGUGGGCAUCGUGUGUCAUGAUUAAACCGAGGUAGGGAGAGUACCAUUGAUUUGACAGUUCAUUUGUUGAUGGCAUGACAGAGCUGGUUAUAUCAGUGAUUCAUCAUAUUUUACGUCUGUUUUUUAUUUCUGAGAAAAGCACGUCUGUAAACAGGAACAGUAACAAGCAGUAUGUAUUUUAUUCCAUCAUUGACAGACAUUUAUUAAUUUUUUAGGGGGGUAGAUCAGCUUUAAUAUUGCAGAUACAGUGGGGAGAAAAAGUAUUUAGUCAGCCACCAAUUGUGCAAGUUCUCCCACUUAAAAAAAUUUGAGAGGCCUGUAAUUUUCAUCAUAGGUACACGUCAACUAUGACAGACAAAUUGAGAAAAAGAAAUCCAGAAAAUCACAUUGUAGGAUUUUUAAUGAAUUUAUUUGCAAAUUAUGGUGGAAAAUAAGUAUUUGGUCACCUACAAACAAGCAAGAAUUCUGGCUCUCACAGACCUGUAACUUCUUCUUUAAGAGGCUCCUCUGUCCUCCACUCGUUACCUGUAUUAAUGGCACCUGUUUGAACUUGUUAUCAGUAUAAAAGACACCUGUCCACAACCUCAAACAGUCACACUCCAAACUCCACUAUGGCCAAGACCAAAGAGCUGUCAAAGGACACCAGAAACAAAAUUGUAGACCUGCACCAGGCUGGGAAGACUGAAUCUGCAAUAGAUAAGCAGCUUGGUUUGAAGAAAUCAACUGUGGGAGCAAUUAUUAGGAAAUGGAAGACAUACAAGACCACUGAUAAUCUCCCUCGAUCUGGGGCUCCACGCAAGAUCUCACCCUGUGGGGUCAAAAUGAUCACAAGAACGGUGAGCAAAAAUCCCAGAACCACACGGGGGGACCUAGUGAAUGACCUGCAGAGAGCUGGGACCAAAGUAACAAAGCCUACCAUCAGUAACACACUACGCCGCCAGGGACUCAAAUCCUGCAGUGCGAGACGUGUCCCCCUGCUUAAGCCAGUACAUGUCCAGGUUUGCUAGAGUGCAUUUGGAUGAUCCAGAAGAGGAUUGGGAGAAUGUAUUAUGGUCAGAUGAAACCAAAAUAUAACUUUUUGGUAAAAACUCAACUCGUCGUGUUUGGAGGACAAAGAAUGGUGAGUUGCAUCCAAAGAACACCAUACCUACUGUGAAGCAUGGGGGUGGAAACAUCAUGCUUUGGGACUGUUUUUCUGCAAAGGGACCAGGACGACUGAUCCGUGUAAAGGAAAGAAUGAAUGGGGCCAUGUAUCGUGAGAUUUUGAGUGAAAACCUCCUUCCAUCAGCAAGGGCAUUGAAGAUGAAACGUGGCUGGGUCUUUCAGCAUGACAAUGAUCCCAAACACACCGCCCGGGCAACGAAGGAGUGGCUUCGUAAGAAGCAUUUCAAGGUCCUGGAGUGGCCUAGCCAGUCUCCAGAUCUCAACCCCAUAGAAAAUAUUUGGAGGGAGUUGAAAGUCUGUGUUGCCCAGCGACAGCCCCAAAACAUCACUGCUCUAGAGGAGAUCUGCAUGGAGGAAUGGGCCAAAAUACCAGCAACAGUGUGUGAAAACCUUGUGAAGACUUACAGAAAACGUUUGACCUGUGUCAUUGCCAACAAAGGGUAUAUAACAAAGUAUUGAGAAACUUUUGUUAUUGACCAAAUACUUAUUUUCCACCAUAAUUUGCAAAUAAAUUCAUAAAAAAUCCUACAAUGUGAUUUUCUGGAUAAUUUUCUGGAUAAUUUUGUCUGUCAUAGUUGACGUGUACCUAUGAUGAAAAUUACAGGGCUCUCUCAUCUUUUUAAGUGGGAGAACUUGCACAAUUGGUGGCUGACGAAAUACUUUUUCCCCCACUGUAGAUUGUGGCUUCUGUCAUUGUAAUUCUGUGCAUAAUUUCCAAUCCCCCAUAUAUAUAUUUUUUGUAAAUAUGUACACUACCGUUCAAAAGUUUGGGGUCACUUAGAAAUGUCCUUGUUUUCGAAAGAAAAGCAUUUUCUUUGUCCAUUAAAAUAACAUCACAUUUAUCAGAAAUACAGUGUAGACAUUGUUAAUGUUGUAAAUGGCUAUUGUAGCUGGAAAAGGCAGAUUUUUAAUGGGAUAUCUACAUAGGCGUACAGAGGCCCAUUAUCAGCAACCAUCAGUCCUGUGUUCCAAUGGCAAUUAUGUUAGCACAGCUGAAAACUGUUGUGCUGAUUUAAAGAAGCAAUAAAACUGGCCUUCUUGAGACUAGUUGAGUAUCUGGAGCAUCAGCAAUUGUGGGUUCGAUUACAGGCUCAAAAUGGCCAGAAACAACUUUCUUCGGAAACUCGUCAGUCUAUUCUUGUUCUGAGAAAUGAAGGCUAUUCCAUGCGAGUUUCAGAAUAAAGUUAUUUGUUUCUGGCCAUUUUGAGCCUGUAAUCGAACCCACUUUUGCUGAUGCUCCAGAUACUCAACUAGUCUCAAGAAGGCCAGUUUUAUUGCUUCUUUAAUCAGCGCAACAGUUUUCAGCUGUGCUAACAUAAUUGCAAAAUGGUUUUCUAAUGAUCAAUUAUCCUUUUAAAAUGAUAAACUUGGAUUAGCAAACACAACGUGCUAUUGGAACACAGGACUGAUGGUUGCUGAUAAUGGGCCUCUGUACGCCUAUGUAGAUAUUCCAUUAAAAAUCAGCCGUUUCCAGCUACAUUUACAACAUUAACAAUGUCUACACUGUAUUUCGGAUCAAUUUGAUGUUAUUUUAAUGGACAAAAAAUUUGCUUUUCUUUGGAAAAAAAUGACAUUUCUAAGUGACCCCAAACCUUUGAACGGUAGUGUAUUUUAUUUUAAAUAUAUAUACAUAUUUUUUCCUUCUUUAUUAUUUUCCCCUAAACCUACCACCCCUUCCCUAAUUGGAGUAAACUAAUGGACAAAAAUACUUAGGCUUCCACUUCCAGUUUAUACAUACUACAUACAUUUCACGGACAGAAUAUUUUACAUUAGUUAUCUUUUGUUUGAUUUUAGUCCCAGCCUUCAGCUACCUUCAACCCCUACAAUCUAUCUCUGAAGACCAUCCCGUUUUGAUUUUAGCUGCCAUAUAUUUUUCCACUGUGUGAUGUUUCACAAAAGUUCUGAACCUUUCUAUUCUCAUAGUUUCUACAGAUUGUAAAUUAAAGAUAAAAACCUUUGCUAAGAGUAUUAUUAUAUUAUUGAUCAACUGACUAUGACUUAUCAAAUCACUUAGUAGUGCUAUUUGCAGAGUAAGCUCCAAGUAAAUGUUGCAAUUUUUUUGCCAUUCCUGAACCUGCGACCAAAAACAAGCUACAUAUGGGCAGUACAAAAACAAGUGAGUUAAGGAUUCUGUCUCUUCGUAGCAAAAUCUGCAGAGCUGGGAUUGUUGUCUCCUCCAUAUAUAUAUAUAUAUAUAACAUUCUAUUGGUUACAAGAAUUUUCUAUAAUAAUUUAAAUGGAAAAACUGGGACGAUUGGAAUCCGGCGUCGUUUUGUGUAUCAGUUCAUAGACCAUGUGCCAUGGAAUCGGUACAUCAAAAAUCUCCUCCCAACUAUUUUGCAACCUGUAUGGCGUUGUGGUCAACGUUUUGGUCCUCAAGUAAAACUGAUAUAUUUUUUAUUUUUGACAGUUUCUUUUGCCAAUUUUGGUCUUUAAUGCAGGGCAAACAAACAAGUUCCCUACCUUCUCCCUUUUCCACUUGCCUCCUCCAUUUUUGCAGUAAUGCUGCAAUCAGUUGGUUGUAAUUUUGGACAGAGCAGAAAUGUCCAUAUAUUUUUGUUAACUGCAUGUGUGACACACCUAAUUGAACUAGUCAACUAAAUAUCAAUCCCUUGAUUAGUUUAAUCAGGAAACAGUAACACUGAGUAAUGUGAAGAAGUUUUGUUGCUCUGUUAUUAACAGUAUUUUACAGCAAAUGGGACAGCAUGGUGCAUACAACUGUUUCCCUGCACACUAGGUCAGAGCAUUACAGGCACCUUUUAAUAUCUCUGUGUCCUACAGCAGCUGACAGGCACUCUAGCCCUAGCAGUGUUUUCUGCAGUCUUGGGUUCUCUACAGUAUGGAUACAGCCUGGGAGUCAUCAAUGCACCACAGAAGGUACACCCACACUGUUUAUUAUAGUAAUGAGUAAACAACUAGUAGUAUUAUAAACUUUUACUUUGUUUCCUAGGUGAUUGAGCAGCAUUAUGGGCGGUCCCUGGGGGUGCUCCCUGAGGAGCGUCUCCUAUCAGAGAAUGAUACAGAGACAAGGAAGCAGGAAGUGCAUCCGUCUGUGGUCAUGUAUUGGUCUCUGUCUGUGUCAAUCUUCUCCAUCGGGGGUGUGGUGUCGUCCUUCCUGGUGGGCUUCGUUGGAGACCUGAGAGGAAGGUGUGUGUGAGCGUCCUUACCUCCCUCUUCAUCUAUCUGUCUCAAGAUGAAACUGAAUGCGCUUGUGUGACUGUGUUUGAACUCGGGUCGUCUGUAUGCCACAAGACUGUGUUAUCCACUGAGCUAAUGCCUAUGCUGUCUGUGCAGGGUGAAGGGCAUGUUGAUGGUGAAUGUGUUAGCAGUAAUAGCAGGUCUAUUGAUGGGGAUGGCUAAGAUGUGGAAACCUCACAUCCUGGUCAUCGCUGGACGCUGUGUCAUGGGAUUCUACUGUGGUGAGUAAUCAAUAAAUGAAGUCACACACUACAACAGGAAAUAAGUAUUUGGCCCAGCUCUGUCCACUACAUCCUGAUCACUACAAGUGUGAACAAGGCUGGUACUGACUCUCUCUUCUCUCUCUCUCUCUCUCAAUUCAAUUUCAAUUUCAAUUUAAGGGCUUUAUUGGCAUGGGAAAUGUAUGUUAACAUUGCCAAAGCAAGUGAAGUAGAUAGUAAACAAAAGUGAAAUAAACAAUCAAUAUUAACAGUAAACAUUAUACUCAGAAGUUCCAAAAGAAUAAAGACAUUUCAAAUGUAAUAUUAUGUAUAUAUACAGUGUUGUAGCAAUGUGCAAAUAGUUAAAGUAGAAAUGGGAAAAUAAAUAAACAUAAAUAUGGGUUGUAUUCACAAUGGCGUUUGUUCUUCACUGGUUGCCCUUUUCUUGUGGCAACAGGUCACAAAUCUUGCUGCUGUGAUGGCACACUGUGGUUUUUCACCCAGUAGAUAAGGGAGUUUAUCAAAAUUGGGUUUGUUUUCGAAUUCUUUGUGGAUCUCUGUAAUCUGAGGGAAAUAUGUGUCUCUAAUAUGGUCAUACAUUUAGCAGGAGGUUAGGAAGUGCAGCUCAGUUUCCACCUCAUUUUGUGGGCAGUGUGCACAUAGCCUGUACAGACUCUCACUGAGUCUGUACAUAGUCAAAGCUUUCCUUAAGUUUGGGUCAGUCACAGUGGUCAGGUAUUCUGCCACUGUGUACUCUCUGUUUAGAGCCAAAUAGCAUUCUAGUUUGCGCUGUUUUUAUGUUAAUUAUUUCCAAUGUGUCAAGUAAUUCUCUCUUUGUUUUCUCAUGAUUUGGUUGGGUCUAAUUGUGUUGUUGUUGUUGUUGUCCUGGGGCUCUGUGGGGUCUGUUUGUGUUUGUGAACAGAGCCCCAGGACCAGCUUACUUAGGGGACUCUUCUCCAAGUUCAUCUCUUUGUAGGUGAUGGCUUUGUUAUGGAAGGUUUGGGAAUCGCUUCAUUUUAAAUGGUUAUAGAAAUUAACGGCUCUUUUCUGGAUUUUGAUAAUUAGCGGGUAUCGGCCUAAUUCUGCUCUGCAUGCAUUAUUUGGUGUUUUUCGUUGUACACAGAGGAUAUCUUUGCAGAAUUCUGCAUGCAGAGUCUCAAUUUGGUGUUUGUCCCAUUUUGUGAAUGUUGGGUUGGUGAGCGGACCCCAGGCCUCACAACCAUAAAGGGCAAUGGGUUCUAUAACUGAUUCAAGUAUUUUUAGCCAGAUCCUAAUUGGUAUGUCAAAUUUUAUGUUCCUUUUGAUGGCAUAGAAGGCCCUUCUUGCCUUGUCUCUCAGAUCGUUCACAGCUUUGUGGAAGUUACCUGUGUUGCGCUGAUGUUUAGGCAGAGGUAUGUAUAGUUUUUUGUGUGCUCUAGGCAACGGUGUCUAGAUGGAAUUUGUAUUUGUGGUCCUGGCAACUGGACCUUUUUUGGAACACCAUUAUUUUUGUCUUACUGAGAUUUACUGUCAGGGCCUAGGUCUUGGUUGGUAACAGAAGCACCAGAUCAUCAUCAAACAGUAGACAUUUGACUUCAGAUUCUAGUAGGGUGAGGCCGGGUGCUGCAGACUGUUCUAGUGCCCUCGCCAAUUCGUUGAUAUAUAUGUUGAAGAGGGUGGGGCUUAAAAUGUGUGUGUUUUUUGCCAAUUUUAACCGCACACUUGUUGUUUGUGUACAUGGAUUUUAUAAUGUCGUAUGUUUUUCCCCCAACCCCACUUUCCAUCAAUUUGUAUAGCAGACCCUCAUGCCAAAUUGAGUCAAAAGCUUUUUUUUAAAUCAACAAAGCAUGAGAAGACUUUGCCUUUGUUUUGGUUUGUUUGUUUGUCAAUUAGGAUGUGCAGGGUGAAUAUGUGGUCUGUCGUACGGUAAUUUGGUAAAAAGCCAAUUUGACAAUUGCUCAGUACAUUGUUUUCACUGAGGAAAUGAACUAGUCUGCUGUUAAUGAUAAUCCAGAGGAUUUUCCCAAGGUUGCUGUUGACGCAUAUCCCACGGUAGUUAUUGGGGUCAAAUUUGUCUCCACUUUUGUGGAUUGGGGUGAUCAGUCCUUGGUUCCAAAUAUUGGGGAAUAUGCCAGAGCUAAGGAUGAUGUUAAAGAGUUUAAGUAUAGCCAAUUGGAAUUUGUGGUCUGUAUAUUUUAUCAUUUCAUUGAGUAUACCAUCAACACCACAGGCCUUUUUGGGUUGGAGAGUUUGUAUUUUGUCCUGUAGUUCAUUCAAUGUAAUUGGAGAAUCCAGUGGGUUCUGGUAGUCUUUAAUAGUUGAUUCUAAGAUUUGCAUUUGAUCAUGUAUAUUUUUUUGCUGUUUGGUUCUUUGUUAUAGGGCCAAAAAGAUUGGGGGAAGUGGUUUACCCAUACAUCUCCGUUUUGGAUAGAUAGCUCUUCGUGUUGUUGUUUGUUUGUGUUUUCCCAAUUUUCCCAGAAGUGGUUUAGGUCUAUGGAUUCUUCAAUUACAUUGAGCUGAUUUCUGACAUGCUGUUCCUUCUUUUUCUGUAGUGUAUUUCUGUAUUGUUUUAGUGAUUCACCAUAGUGGAGGGUAGGCUCAGGUUUUCUGGGUCUCUAUGUUUUUGGUUGGAUCAGGUUUCUCAAUUUCUUUCUUAGGUUUUGCAUUCUUCUAAUAAAUGCCUUUCAAACCACGCUUUUAUCCCACUUAAGUGUGCGUUACUUCCCGUUCUUACGCGUUACAAUCGCCGUGCUCUACAGCUGACUACAGAGACCACUCAUCAACAUUGUCAUGUGUUAUUUUUUAGAUAUGAUAGGGAUGCUGAGAGGUCAAAUAUACUGUUUAGGUUGUUCUACUGGCCAAUUUAACCACCUUCACUAUUACAGUGGAAUGUUUUGUCCAGGAGUUGUCUAAAAGGGAUUUAAUUUGUUGUUGCCUAAUUGUUUUUUGGUAGGUUUCGACACUACUUUCCUUCCAUCUAUAGCAUUUCUUAAUAUUAUUCAGUUCCUUUGGCUUUGAUGCCUCAUGAUUGAGUAUUGCUCUGUUCAAGUAGACUGUGAUUUUGCUGUGGUCUGAUAGGGGUGUCAGUGGGCUGACUGUGAACGCUCUGAGAGACUCUGGGUUGAGGUCAGUGAUAAAGUAGUCUACCGUACUACUGCCAAGAGAUGAGCUAUAGGUGUACCUACCAUAGGAGUCCCCUCGAAGCCCCUCAAAGAGUCCCCAUUGACUAUGUACAUACCCAGUGUGCGACAGAGCUGCAGGAGUUGUGACACGUUUUUGUUGGUUAUGUUGUCGUAGUUGUGCCUAGGGGGGGAUUUGGGGGAGGGAAUGCUGUCACCUCCAGGUAGGUGUUUGUCCCCCUGUGUGCUGAGGGUGUCAGGUUCUUGUCCAGUUCUGGCAUUUAGGUCGCCACAGACUAUGUCCCUGGGUCUGGAAAUGAUUGAUUUCCCCCUCCAGGAUGGAGAAGCUGUCUUCAUUAAAGUAUGGGGAUUAUAGUGGGGGGAUAUAGGUAGCACACAGGAGGACAUUUUACUCUGUUGAGAUCAUUUCCUUUUGAAUUUCAAGCCAAAUGUAAAAUGUUCCUGUUUUGAUUAAUUUAAUAGAGUGAGUUAGGUCUGCUCUAUACCAAAUUAGCAUACCCCCUGAGUCCCUUCCCUGUUUCACACCUGGUAGUUUGGUGGAUGGGACUACCAGCUCUCUGUAACCUAGAGGGCAACCAGUGGGUCCGUCUCCUCUAUACCAUGUAUUUCCGAUUUAUUUGGUGAAGUCCAGGUUCCUGCUCUUUAGGCCAAAGGCAGAUGACCUCAGGCCUUGGAUAUUCCAGGAUGAAAUAGUGAAGGCUUUGGGUUCCAUAAAGUGUCUCUCUUCUUUCUUUCUUUCUUUCUUUCUUUCUUUCUUUCUUUCUUUCUUUCUUUCUUUCUUUUCUUGCUGAGCGUGGGGAGGUGAGGGAGGGAGGGAGGCGUAGGGAGGUGGGGGAGGGCGGGAGGGCGGAUGAGGAGGGAGGGGAUGCAUAGGUGAGAGGCGAGGAUGCUCGUGCGUAGAGUAGAUGAGAUGAGUAGAGCUCUCUUGCUCGAUCCUCUCUCUCUCUCUCUCUCUCUCUCUCUCUCUCUCUCUCUCUCUCUCUCUCUCUUCUCUCUCUCUCUCUCUCUCUCUCUCCUUCUCAGGUCUGUCCUCAGGGUUAGUUCCUAUGUAUAUAGGGGAGAUAGCUCCAAUGGCCUACAGAGGAGCUCUGGGAACCUUACAUCAACUGGCUAUUGUUACUGGUAUACUACUGAGUCAGGUAAGACUACACACACACACACACACCUAUGUGUCCGUCCCUAAUCUCUGUCCCCCUGUCACUGUCUGUGUCCAUCCCUAAUCUCUGUCCCCCUGUCUCUCUCUGUGUCCGUCCCUAAUCUCGGUCCCCCUGUCACUGUCCGUCCUUAAUCUGUCCCCCUGUCUCUCUCUGUGUCCGUCCCUAAUCUCCAUCCCCCUGUCACUGUCUGUGUCCGUCCCUCAUCUCUGUCCCCCUGUCCCCCAGGUGCUAGGUCUAGAGUUCCUCCUGGGUAAUGACUACUACUGGCCGGUGCUGCUGGGUCUGUCUGGAGCUCCUGCUGUGUUACAGUCUCUACUGCUGCCACUGUGUCCUGAGAGUCCCAGAUACCUCUACAUCAAGAGAGGCAUGGUGGAGGAGGCCAAGAAGAGUACGUACUGUAGAAAUAUCAGCUCUCUCUUAGAAAAUAUAUAUGAUCUGAAUAAGAAUAACCUGAAUAAAUAAUAAUUGAAUAAAAAUACACACAUGCUGUAUGUGCGUGCAUUUGUAGGUCUGCGUCGUCUGAAGGGAGAGUAUGACCCAUCAGCUGAUCUGGAGGAGAUGAGGAGGGAGAAGGAGGAGGUGGAGAAGGAGGCGCAAGUCUCUAUCGCCGUCCUGGUACGUUCAAUAUCUCCUCUACUGAACAUCUGGUGUAUAGCUGUCUAAUCAUGUUGGUCUGGUCCUGUAUUAAUAAUGUGAUAUGUGUCUGUAGUCCUGUAUUAAUAAUGUGAUAUGUAUCUGUAGUCCUGUAUUAAUAAUGUGAUAUCUGUCUGUAGUCCUGUAUUAAUAAUGAAAUAUGUCUGUAGUCCUGUAUUAAUAAUGAAAUGUGUCUGUAGUCCUGCAUUAAUAAUGUGAUAUGUGUCUGUGGUCCUGUAUUAAUAAUGUGAUAUGUGUCUGUGGUCCAGUAUUAAUAAUGAAAUAUAUCUGUAGUCCUGUAGUCCUGUAUUAAUAAUGAAAUAUGUCUGUAGGCCUGUAUUAAUAACGUGAUAUGUGUCUGUAGUCCUGUAUUAAUAAUGAAAUAUAUCUGUAGUCCUGUAGACCUGUAUUAAUAAUGUGACAUGUGUCUGUAGUCCUGUAUUAAUAAUGUGAUAUGUAUCUGUUGUCCUGUAUUAAUAAUGUGAUAUGUGUCUGUAGUCCUGUAUUAAUAAUGUGAUAUGUAUCUGUAGUCCUGUAUUAAUAAUGUGAUGUGUGUCUGUGGUCCUGUAUUAAUGCUAUAAUAUGCCUGUAGUCCUGUAUUAAUAAUGUGAUAUGUGUAUGUGGUCCUGUAUUAAUGCUGUAAUAUGCCUGUAGUCCUGUAUUAAUAAUGUGAUAUGUGUCUGCAGACCUGUAUUAUUGCUGUAAUAUGCCUGUAGUCCUGUAUUAAUAAUGUGAUUUGUGUCUGCAGACCUGUAUUAAUGCUGUAAUAUGCCUGUAGUCCUGUAUUAAUAAUGUGAUAUGUGUAUGUGGUCCUGUAUUAAUGCUGUAAUAUGCCUGUAGUCCUGUAUUAAUAAUGUGAUAUGUGUCUGCAGACCUGUAUUAAUGAUGUGAUAUGUCUGUGGGCCUGUAUUAAUAAUGAGAUAUGUGUCUGUAGACCUGUAUUAAUAAUGAGAUAUGUGUCUGCAGACCUGUAUUAAUGCUGUGAUAUGUCUGUAGUCCUGUAUUAAUAAUGUGAUAUGUGUCUGCAGACCUGUAUUAAUGCUGUAAUAUGCCUGUAGUCCUGUAUUAAUAAUGUGAUAUGUCUGUAGUCCUGUAUUAAUAAUGUGAUAUGUGUCUGCAGACCUGUAUUAAUGCUGUGAUAUGCCUGUAGUCCUGUAUUAAUAAUGUGAUAUGUGUCUGCAGACCUGUAUUAAUGCUGUGAUAUGUCUGUAGUCCUGUAUUAAUAAUGUGAUAUGUGUCUGCAGACCUGUAUUAAUGCUGUGAUAUGCCUGUGGUCCUAUAUUAAUGCUGUGAUAUGUCUGUAGUCCUGUAUUAAUAAUGUGAUAUGUGUCUGCAGACCUGUAUUAAUGCUGUAAUAUGCCUGUAGUCCUGUAUUAAUAAUGUGAUAUGUGUCUGCAGACCUGUAUUAAUGCUGUAAUAUGCCUGUAGUCCUGUAUUAAUAAUGUGAUAUGUGUCUGCAGACCUGUAUUAAUGCUGUGAUAUGUCUGUAGUCCUGUAUUAAUAAUGUGAUAUGUGUCUGCAGACCUGUAUUAAUGCUGUGAAUAUGCCUUGUAGUCCUGUAUUAAUAAUGUGAUAUGUGUCUGCAGACCUGUAUUAAGCUGUUGAUAUGUCUGUUAGUCUGUAUUAAUAAUGUGAAAUGUGUAUGUGGUCCUGUAUUAAUGCUGUAAUAUGCCUGUAGUCCUGUAUUAAUAAUGUGAUAUGUGUCUGCAGACCUGUAUUAAUGCUGUGAUAUGCCUGUAGUCCUGUAUUAAUAAUGUGAUAUGUGUAUGUUGGUCCUGUAUUAAUGCUGUAAUAUGCCUGUAGUCCUGUAUUAAUAAUGUGAUAUGUGUCUGCAGUCCUGUAUUAAUGCUGUGAUAUGUCUGCAGACCUGUAUUAAUGCUGUGAUGUGUGUCUGUGGUCUUCUAGGUGCGGUCGUCUCUCUACAGGCAGCAGCUGUUUGUAGCCCUGAUGAUGCAUCUCUCACAACAACUGUCUGGAAUCAACGCUGUGAGUUACUGAGAGAGAGGGAACAACUGUCUGGAAUCAACGCUGUGAGUUACUGAGAGAGAGGGGGAGAGAGGGAACAACUGUUGGAAUCACACGCUUUUGUGAUGUUACUGAGAGGAGAGAGGGGGAGAGAGAGAGGGAACAACUGUCGGGAAUCAAACGCGUGAGGUUACUGAGAGAGAGGGGGAGAGAGGGAACAACUGUCUGGAAUCAACGCUGGAGUUACUGAGAGAUGAGAGAGGGGGAGAGAGGGGAACAAACUCUAUCUGGAUAAACGUGGUUACUUGCGAGAGAGGGGGAGAGAGGAACAAAUGUCUGGACCAUCAAUGCUGGUGACGUUACUUGAGAGAGAGGAACAACUGUCUGGAACAACACUGUGAGUUGACUGAGAGAGAGGGGGGAAGAGAGGGAACAACUGGUCUGGAAUCAACACUGUGAGUUACUGAGAGGAGAGGGUGAGAGAGGGGGGAGAGAGGGAAAACACGUCUGGAAUCCAAUGCUGUGAGUUACUGGAGCGAGGGAAAACUGUCUGGAAGCAACGCGUGUGUGAGUUAUGAGAGAGAGAGUGGGAGAGAGGGAACAACGUCUGGAUCAACGCUGUGAGUUACUGAGAGAGAGGGGGAGAGAGGGAACAACUGUCUGGAAUCAACACUGUGAGUUACUGAGAGAGAGGGGGAGAGAGGGAACAACUGUCUGGAAUCAACACUGUGAGUUACUGAGAGAGAGGGGGAGAGAGCGAACAACUAUCUGGAAUCAAUUUUGUGAGUUACUGAGAGAGAGGGGGAGAGAGGGAACAACUAUCUGGAAUCAAUGCUGUGAGUUACUGAGAGAGAGGGGGAGAGAGGGAACAACUAUCUGGAAUCAACGCUGUGAGUUACUGAGAGAGAGGGGCAGAGAGGGAACAACUGUCUGAGAGAGAGAAUACAGGAAGAAAAGAGAGGGAUUGUGAAUGAGUGAGAGAGUGAAGUGUGUGUGUGUUGAGUCACCAGUGAGUGUAUUGUAUCUUUGUAUAUUGUUUUAUAUUGUUGUAUAUUGUUUUAUAUCGUUUUAACAGCAUGGAUGAGUCAGAUUGAGGUUUUUAUGACUCUGCUUUACUGAAUGGAAACAUAAUGUUUGUUUUUAUCUCUUUAGAUCUUUUAUUACUCAACAGCCAUCUUUGAGAGAGCAGGAGUCACCCAGCCUGUCUAUGCAACCAUUGGAGUAGGAGUUAUCAAUACCGUCUUUACUAUGGUGUCGGUACGGAAAGACACACACGCACACGCACACGCACACGCACACACACACACACACACACACACACACACACACACACACACACACACACACACACACACACACACACACACACAGACACACACACACACACACACACACACACAUAGACACACACGCACGCACACGCACACACACACACACACAUAGACAAACCAUUUGUAGGUCAGUGAUGCAAACAGUCAUACUGUUUAAGUGAACUAAAAUUUGUGUGUGUGUUGCAGGUGGCCCUAGUGGACAGGGCCGGCCGACGGACAUUGACUCUGAUUGGUUUAGGAGGGAUGUGUAUCUGUGCCGUCGCCAUGACAGUCGGCCUCGUCUACCUGGUAUGACCAAUCAAAAUGAAUUGUCUCUAUCUCUCUACCAAUAGGGUUUCAGUAUUUGAGAGUUACAUUUCCUGUCUGUAUAUGACUGUUUCCUAUGUUUGUUAACCAUCUCUUGUUCCUCCAGAGUAAAAUAAUUUGUAUUUAUUUAUUUUAUUUAACCUUUAUUUAACUAGGCAAGUCAGUUAAGAACAAAUUCUUAUUUACAAUGACGGCCUACUAAAAGGCAAAAGGCCUCCUGCGGGGACGGGGGCUGGGAUAAAAAAUAUAUAUAUAGGACAAAACACACAUCACGACAAGAGACACCACAACACUACAUAAAGAGAGACCUAAGACAACAACAUAGUAUGGCAGCAACACAUGACAACACAGCAUGGUAGCAAAACCACAUGACAACAGCAUGGUAGCAACACAACAUGGCAGCAGCACAACAUGAUAGCAGUACAAAACAUGGUAGAAACAUAAUUGGGCACAGACAACAGCACAAAGGUAAGAAGGUAGAGACAACAAUACAUCACGCAAUGCAGCCACAACUGUCAGUAAGAGUGUCCAUGAUUGAGUCUUUGAAUAAAGAGAGGGAGAUAAAACUGUCCAGUUUGAGUGUUUUUUGCAGCUCGUUCCAGUCGCUAGCUGCACCGAACUAGAAAGAGGAGCGACCCGGGGAUGUGUGCGCUUUGGGGACCUUUAACAGAAUGUGACUGGCAGAACGGGUGUUGAAUGUGGUGGAUGAGGGCUGCAGUAGGUAUCUCAGAUAGGGGGGAGUGAGGCCUAAGAGGGUUUUAUAAAUAAGCAUCAACCAGUGGGUCUUGCGACGGGUAUACAGAGAUGACCAGUUUACAGAGGAGUAUAGAGUGCAGUGAUGUGUCCUAUAAGGAGCAUUGGUGGCAAAUUUGGUGGCCGAAUGGUAAAGAACAUCUAGCCGCUCGAGAGCACUCUUUGCAACGGUUGGUGUGAGGUGUGACCCAGGUGCGGUGCAGGUUAGACAGUAGGCGGUAGGCAGAGAUGAUGAAACAAGGAACUUUACUGAUGGUCCCGAAGUCAGGAUACACAAUUACGGACUUUACACAAAAAAGAAAGGCGGAGCAAAGAACACUCCAAAAAACAGGCAGGCAACCAAAAAUAUGAAAUACUCACUAUGACUGAAAUAAUAACUAAACAGGGAGAACACUUCUAACGUCCCUGUCCAUACGUCCCGCGAUCAGACACUGAUUAGUACUGCUUGGCAUAGUGAAACUAGCAGGGAAUAAAUACACAGGUGAAUCAGAUAGACACAGGUGACACCAAUAGGAAGACACCUAGUGGGUCGCUCCGGAACUGCGACCCCCUCCUGUAACAGUGCCCACCUCCCCCAGACGAACUGCCCCAGCCGUUCACCUCUGUUGUUAUCAGCCCUGGGUCCAGAAUGUCCCUCCUGUGCACCCAGGAAUUGGAGACCCCUCCCCAUCCGCCGGCAGUCCAGGAUCCGGUCCACAGUAAAAGCCGGCUGCCCUCCGACGAGGCGCAGUGGGGGGAACAGGACGAGGAGGGGGAGCCAGGGGACAGGUGGUGACUGACUUGAGGAGGGACACAUGGAAUGUGGGAUGCACCCGCAUGGUGGGGGGAAGUUGCAGGCGGUAGGCCACUGGGUUGACUCGCCGGACCACUCUGAAUGGCCAGACGAACUGGGGGGACAGCUUCCUGGACUCCACGCGGAGGGGAAGAUCCUGCGUGGAGAGCCACACCCUCUGUCCCGGGCGAUGCCUGCGGUUGGCCUGGAGUUGAGACCUGACCGAGGCUCGCUUAAGAGCCGUCCGUACCUGCCUCCAGGUUCGGCGACAGUGACUGAUGUGGGCCUGGACCGACGGGACCGCCGCCUCCUCCUCUUGCUCGGAGAAUGGGGGGGUUGGUACCCGUAUUGGCACUGGAAGGGGGACAGGCCGGUGGAUGAGCAGAGAUGGGUGUUGUGGGCGUACUCUGCCCACGCCAGUCGUUGACUCCACGUAGCUGGGUUGCUGGAGGCGUAGCACCUCAGCACCACUUCCAGAUCCUGGUUGACGCGCUCCAUCUGCCCAUUCAACUGGGGAUGGAAGCCGGAAGACAAGCUGACGGAGGCGCCGAGGCAGGUGGCGAACACCUUCAAGAACCUGGAGGUGAACUGAGGGCCACGAUCCGACACCACAUCUUGGGGAAGGCCAUGGACCCGGAAAACGUGCUGCACCACCAACUUAGCCGUCUCCCGGUGGAAAUGAAAUCCAACGAGAUGUGGAACCCCGGGCACUUGGGCAUAGGCGGGGGUCGGAGCAGCCCUGCCACGGGCUGACGUGAGCGCGCACACCGGGCUAGCAGCCACGAAGGCGCGCGUAUCCCCAUCAGCAGAUGGCCAAGAACCUCCUAUGCAGGAACUCCAACGUCCUGGCGCCCCACGGAUGGCUGGUGAGGUCAGACGCGAGCGCCCACUGAAGCAGUCGCGAGCGCGCAGCCUUGGGUACGUACAUCCUCCCCGAUGGACCUCCUCCCGGAUCGGCUGCUCUGACCAGCCUAUCGAUUCCCCACAAAACUGGGGCAGCAAUCAGGACAUUGGGGACAUUUACAUUUUACAUUUUAGUCAUUUAGCAGACACUCUUAUCCAGAGCGACUUAGAGUUAGUGAGUGCAUACAUUUUUCAUACUGGCCAACCGCGUUGCAAACGCCAUGCUCUACCAACUGAGCUACACGGGGGGGCAAUGGGGUCGUCCCUCUCCACCAGGUCCACGGGGUCGAACUGCCGGGAGAGCGCAUUAGGCUUGGUGUUCUUCAACCCCGGACGGUAUGAGAUGGUGAACCGGAACCUGGUGAAGAACAACGCCCACCUGGCCUGGCGCGAGUUGAGCCUCUUGGCUCCCUGACUGUAGGCUAAGUUCUUGUGGUCAGUCCAUAUGACAAAUGGAUGGGCGGCCCCCUCUAGCCAAUGUCUCCACUCCCCCAGGGCGAGAUUGACCGCUAGCAGCUCAUGGUUCCCCACGUCGUAAUUCCGCUCCGCAGGGAACAGCCGACAGGAGAAAAAUGCGCAGGGGUGAGUCUUACGGUCCGAGAAGGAACUGCUGAAACAGGAUUGCUCCCACCGCAACGUCUGAAGUAUCCACCUCCACAAUGAACGGCAGGGACGGAUCAGGAUGCCCGAGGACCGGGGCCGAUGUAAAACGGCACUUCAGCACAUCAAAUGUGUUCCCCACUUCCGGGAUCCAGGCGAAGGGGAGUGGCUAGGGAGCUAAAAUUGCGAAUGAACCGCCUAUAAAAAUUUUCACUCAUGUCCUUCGAAAAUAUGAGGAUAUCAUCCAAAUACACGAAGAUGCUGUAGUCGAGGAGGUCCCGGAGCACGUCAUUGACCAACGCCUGGAACAUCGCAGGCACGUUGACUAGACCAAACGGCAUGACUUGGUACUCGUAAUGCCCACUGGGUGUGUUAAACGCCGUCUUCCACUCGUCCCCCUUCCGAAUCCUCACCAGGUUGUAAGCACUACGUAAGUCCAGCUUGGUGAAGACCCGGGCUCCCUGCAACGACUCGAAUGCCGUCGUCAUCAGGGGGAGUGGGUAGCGGUUCUUAACCGUGAUGUCGUUGAGCGCCCGGUAAUCAAUGCACGGCCGCUGUCCACCUUCCUUUUUCCCCACGAAGAAGAAGCCUGCACCCGCUUGUGAGGUAGAGGGACGGAUGUGACCCUCGACGAGUGCCUCGUUGAUAUACUCCCUCAUGGCCAGUGUCUCCAGCCGGGACAAGUAAAACAAUCGCCCUCGUGUGGGCAUGGCGCCCGGCAGGAGAUCGAUAGCACAGUCGUAUGGCCUAUGAGGAGGUAGGCCCUUGGCAUGCCUCUUACUAAACACCUCCCCCAGAUCCCAAAACUCCCGGGAAACGCCUGCCAGGUCUGUGCUGGUGACGGAGUCUGUAGCCGCCAUCCUCCCAGUGGCAACCACCGCUAGGGCGGUAGGCAGUUCGGAAUGCGGGACCUGGGGAAGACGUGAGGACUGGUAGGUGGUCUGGGACAGUAGUUUGGGCUGAUGAGUGGUCGGUGGAGACCGGAACAGGACGGGGGCGGUGCCUCCCUUCAGGAUGAGCCGCCCCGUGGACCAGUCUAUCCGGGGUUUGUGGGUGACCAGCCAGGGGAGCCCGAGGACGAGGGGACACGCCAGAGAGUCCACAAUGAAAAACUGACAUCCUCCCAUAGCCCCCCCGCGUCCAUCCGGUUUCUCUCAGCCCCAGAAUCCACCAGUGCAUGCACCCGACGCGCAGCGCGGGCCCACUGAACCCUGACAGGGAGAAAAGUCUGGGAGUCUCUGGAGUUGAGGUUUCGGUUCCGGCUUGCUAGCACCCCUCCCGAUACUAGCGAGCCCUCCCAUUUCCCGGCUUCUCCGGGCAUGAGUCGCAGUGGUGACCUGCCUGGCCGCAGUACAGGCAACGUCCCUGGCGCAGACGCCUCUGCCUUUCCAUCCUGGACAGGCGCAUCGUACCCAGCUGCAUAGCCUCCUCCUGAGGCGUCUCCUCCCUGAAUCGGUAGAAAGCCUCUGGGCUGAUAGGGGGACGCGGAGGCGCGCCUUGCGUCAUGCCUCUCUUGUGCGCCCUCUUACGACGCCGAUUGUCUACCCGCACCGAGAGGUCGAUGAGGCCGUCCAGUCACUCAGGCAGCUCCCUGAAGGAGAGUUCGUCCUUCAUCCCCUCUGAUAGCCCCUUAGCGUAAAGGACGACCAGGGCGGCCUCCUCCCAUCCUGCCUCUCGAGCCCAGGUCAGGAACUCCAUGGAGUAGUCCGCCACCGAACAGUCAACCUGCCAACAGGCCGUGAGCUGCCUCCCGGCCUCGUGCCCCGACACCACCCGAGAGGUGUCGAACACCUUGCGUAGCUCCCGGGUGAAUAGGUAGGAAUCGGAGCACGCCGGAGUUUGGCUCUCCCACUCCGUAAUCUAGCAUGGGUAGGAUGGUUCAUCUGAAUCAGGGUUAGUUUGUCAGCUGGGGUGAAAGAGGAGCGAUUACGAUAGAGGAAACCAAGUCUAGAUUUAACCUUAGCAUGCAGCUUUGAUAUGUGCUGAGAGAAGGACAGUGUACCAUCUAGUCAUACUCCCUAGUACUAAGCUCUAAACCCUCAGAGGUAGUAAUCACACCGGUGGGGAAGGGGGUAUUCUUCUUACCAAACCACAUUACCUUUGCUUUGGAGGUGUUCAGAACAAGGUUAAGGGCAGAGAAACCUUGUUGGAUACUAAGAAAGACUUUGUUGUAGAGUGUUCAACACAUAAUCCGGGGAGGGGCCAGCUGAGUAUAUGACUGUAUCAUCUGCAUAUAAAUGGAUGAGAGAGCUUCCUACUGCCUGAGCUAUGUUGUUGAUGUAAAUUGAGAAGAGCGUGGGGCCUAGGAUUGAGCCUUGGGGUACUCCCUUGGUGACAGGCAGUCUGAGACAGCAGAUGUUUUGACUUUAUACACUUUACUCUUUGAGAGAGGUAGUUGGCAAACCAGGCCAAAGACCCCUCAGAGACACCAAUACUCCUUAGCCGGCCCACAAGAAUGGAAUGGUCUACCGUAUCAAAAGCAUUGGCCAAGUCAAUUAAAAUAGCAGCACAACAUUGCUUAGAAUCAAGGGCAAUGGUGACAUCAUUUAGGACCUACAAGGUUGCAGUGACACAUCCAUAACCUGAGCAGAAACCAGAUUGCAUACCAGAGGUAUUCUCUUCUCCUCUCCUCCCCAGAGUGUCUACUCCUGGAUGUCCUACGUCAGCAUGUCGGCCAUCUUCCUGUUUGUGUGUUUCUUUGAGAUCGGCCCUGGUCCCAUCCCCUGGUUCAUCGUGGCUGAGUUAUUCAGUCAGGGCCCCAGGCCUGCUGCUAUAGCUCUGGCUGGCUGCACCAACUGGACCAGCAACUUCAUCAUAGGCAUGACCUUCCCUUACAUAGAGGUAAGAUGCAUGGGCGGACGGACAGACGGACUGCGGGACGGACAGACAGAUCGACAGACCCAUUAACUUACCCUCCAUCUCUCUCUCUCUCUCUCUCUCUCUCUCUCUUUCCCUCUACCCUCCACCUCUCCCGCCAGGCUCUGUGUGGUAGCUAUGUGUUCGUCCUGUUUGCGGUGCUGUUGUUUGGCUUCACUGUGUUCACCUACCUGCGUGUGCCGGAGACCAAAGGGAAGACAUUUAAGGAGAUAGCAGCUGUGUUCCAGAAGGGAAGGAAACAGACAACAGGAACCAAGAAGACUGGAACUGGUACUGGAACUGGUACUGGUACUUCCACCGAGCUGGAGCAGCUCAAAUCAGACUCCCACGCCUGA